AUGCUACCGGACCCGGUAUUUGCCAAUGUUGCCUUGGUUACACCAGAAAAGGAGCUACAACGACAGAUCAAGUUAUCCCUGGAUCAAGACAAGUCCCUGGAGGAAAUCCUUCAGUUCCUACAAAACAAGUCCAAGGCACCCCCCUCCAUCAAACGCGCGUUCAAGGAUUAUGAUAUGGAGGCCGGACUGCUCUUCUACCAAGGACAAAUUGUAGUCCCUGAUGUUGGAACACUGAGAAUGGACCUACUCCGCAUCUUUCACAAUAGCCCCUUGGCAGGACACCCGGGAAGACAGUGCACCCUAGAGUUGGUAUCAAGGAACUACUACUGGCCCGGUAUCCGUGCUGAUACGUAUUGGCACGUGGACUCCUGUGAGAUAUGCCAACAAAUCAGGAAGCCCAAAUACGCGUCCAUUCCCCCUCAGCCUCUUGAACUCCCUGUCAGGCCCUGGCAGCACGUGUCCUAUGACAUGAUUGUGGAUUUACCAAAAGACGGAAGUCACAAUUCCAUCCUAGUCAUAGUGGACAGUUUCACCAAAUACAGUAUUUUUGUGAAAUGCUCUAAAAAGCUCAAAGCACCCAAGCUAGCGGAACUAUUCCUAGAACACGUGUGGAAACGCCAUGGAAUGCCGGAAAAGACAAUAUUGGACAGAGGCAGGGUAUUCAACAACAAAUUCCUACAAGCCUUGUACAAACGGUUAGGCAUUGACCCUCACUUUUCAUUGGCUUACCACCCUCAAAGCAACGGACAAACAGAACAAGUAAAUCCAUCCAUUGAGCACUUUCUCAGGGCUUACUCAGGGGUUAAUCAACGGGACUGGACAAAAUGGUUGCCUAUGGCUGAAUUUGCGUACAACAAUGCAGUCCACAGUAGCAUGGGGAAAACACCGUUCAAAGCCCUGUACGGGUGGGAACCCUCCCUGACGCCAUCCAACAUCCCAACCAACGUACCAGAAGCGGAUGACCUAGCCAAGACAAUGGAGGCACAAUGGAAGGAAGUGGGGUCCGCCCUGCAGCAAUCUAAGCAAUGGAUGAUAGCCAGAGAAAGCGGAGCCCCGGUGGAAUUCAAAGUUGGAGAAGAAGUGUGGUUGGAUGCCAAGAACGUGAACCUCAAGACCCUGAGCCCCAAGCUAAUGGAACAACGCUUAGGGCCAUUCAAGGUCAUCAAAAGAUCUCCGACCGCGCUUACUGACUUGAACUACCUCCAACUAUGCGUCUCCACAACGUCUUCUACGGAUGACAAGCGCGCCUUUGAAAAUUGCCCCCCUCCAAUCACGGUGGAUGGGGAAGAGGAAUAUGAAGUAGAAGGAAUAACGGACAUGGAAGAAAGGAACGGAAAAUGGUUCUUCAGAGUCAAAUGGAAGGGCUAUGGACCAGAAGAAAACACGUGGGAACCCCGGGAGAACCUCAAAAAUGCGGGGAAAAUUUUGAAAAAAUAUGAGGAAGAAAUAAAGAAGAAGGCCCUUGGCGCUGCCAAGGCCCUUAGAGGGGGGGCAGUGUUGAACCCACCCAAUGAGCCAAACGGUUUGGGUCCUGAUUUGGGUGUACCAUCAGCCCUGCUGCCUGCUGUUGACUCGUCUCACACCUCAGCUUCCUUCCUGCCACCAGACCAUGGCAUCCAGAUUUGUGCUCCUCUUAACCUCACUCCUGCCAAGACUGAAAUCUUUCAAGCCAAAAUCCUCCGCCUCUUUAUUGCCAAUAAUAUUGCCCUUUGUGCUAUUGACUCAGUUGAAACUUGGCUUUUUUUCAACCAAUAUUUCCCUGGUGCCCCUUUGCCUACUCGACAAGCCCUUGCUGGACAAAUUCUCAAGGAGGCGGUUUGGAAGUUGGAGGAGAAUAUGGUCAAGGCUGUGUAUGGUAAAAUGGCUACGGGGUUGAGCAAUGGGUGGAAGGACAAACGGAAACGUGCGCUAUUGGCAUAUAUGGCUAAUGUCGAUGCUACGGCUUAUACUGUUGGCAUCAAGGAUAUUUUGGCACUCCCCAAGACCGCUGAGAAUCACCUCAAAGUUGUGAAGGAGGCAAUCAAACAAUGCAAGGAAGAUCUGGGUAUGAAUAUUGUUGGAUGGGUGUCUGAUGCUGGAGGCGAUUUGCGUGGUAUGAGGAUUUGUCUGGGAAAAGAGCAUCCAGAACUGCUUCUAUUUGAUUGUUGGGCUCAUCAGAUUCAGUUGGUUGUUGGCGAUGUCCUCAAGCUCAAGAAUGAUCUUGUUGCUGCAGGCAACAAUGCACAAGAGAUUGCAAAAUGGUUUAUAUUGCAUAGCCAAGCACUUGGGCUUCUCCACAACGAACAGGUGAAGGCAACCGGUCGAUCUUGCAUGUAUACGGUCCCAAACCUCACUUGUUGGACAAGCCACUACAUUACUGCACAAGGACUUCUCGACGACCGCGGUCCGUUGCAAGCAACUGUUGCUUUGCACCAUGAUCGAAUGAUGCAGAUUGGAUCACGGGAUCCUGAGCGUACCAAACGUGUUCUUGCCGCUGUUGAACAACCCGAGUUCUGGAGGAGGCUUGGAGAACUUACUUCAUAUCUUCGACCCCUGGCUAUAGCGUUAAACAUUGCUCAGGCUGCUGAUACACGCCUCUAUCAUAUUCUCGUCACUCUUGGCCGGUUGUAUCAACUUUUCGACGACCCAAAUAUCGAUCCCGAGGAUGCUUUCAUUUUGGCUAUCUUCUUCCACCCAUAUAUCCGGUGUCGUCUCUUCAGCCCAAACAGCCCCGAUUUUUGCGCCAAUGCGCUUUACACUGUUGUUCAACGAGUCUUCGAGCGUGUUUUUCAGAAAGCCUCGGAAUCUGGCCUAUUUGAGGCGUUUAUGUCCUACUACAACUGGACCAAUGAGUUUUCUGCCGAAGCAUGGCACCUGAAGGAAUACUCGGAUAUGUAUAAGAAUGAGGGCAAGGAUAUUAAUCUCGACGCAAUUUGGUCAACACUUCCCUGCCCCGGAACGGUCAACACGGGUCGUCACCAGCUUGCGUGCCUCGCAAGGCUCAUCCUUUCGAUUGUGGCUAAUUCUGCUGGCUGCGAGCGAUUAUUCAGUCGUAUGGGGAAUAUUCAUACGAAGCUCCGAAACCGAUUCAAUUUCAAGCGCGUACACGACAUUGCUACAGUCGCUAUGGACAUCGAUGCUCAACACCAAGCCGCUGGUCUCACUCGGAAGCGAACGAGGCGACAUUUCGGUACGCCUCAACCACCUCCAGCUUUACGCACUGCUAGCGAGACGGAGGAGCCCACUCUCGAUUUGCUUCCUGACCCCCCUUUUGAGACAAUCCCUAACAAUGAUAGCAUUGACUCGGGAGACGAGGAGGAAGAGGAGCCAGGGGAGCAAAACCUAACUACCCUUGCCACGCAGUUCAACCAAGCGCUUGACGAGGACAGCGAUGGGGACGAGGAGCUCCCCGUACCCUCUGCCGUUUCGAGCCAAACUCACACUCGCCCUCGUAGGCUUCGCUUGUAUUUCAGCAAGGCUCACGCGAUUCCUCUUUCCGAGGUAUUUAAUUUUUCGGGUUCAGUUGAGGGUGUCGACGAGGGGCUCGGGGUGUUCUGGAAGUUUGGAGUGUCUAACUUAGCUAAGGAGCGUGAUGUUUACGAGGCCAUUGCGUCUAUGCGCGAGUGA